UCACCGCCUCAGGCGCCGCGCUACCCGCCCAAGAUGGCGGCCGCCCCCGCGCAGCUGCCGGUUGCCGCCUGACCUGCCUCCCGUGAGCCUCAGCGGCCCCUUCCCGGCGGCCCCCGCGGCGGCGCAGAGCAGAGCGGCAAGAUGGCGCAGCCGCCGGUUCUCCUCAAGGACAUGAAGCUGCUCGACGUGAAGCUGGGCCAGCUGCCCACCUGGCUGGCCAUGAGGGACUUCACCCCCGGCGGCAUCGCGGGGGCCCUGCGAAGAGGUUAUGAGAGAUACUACAAUAAAUACAUCAAUGUGAAGAAGGGGGGCCUCGGUGGUAUCUCCAUGGUGCUUGCUGGUUAUGUUGUUGUCAGCUACAUCUGGAGCUACAGUCACCUGAAGCAUGACCGCCACAGGAAGUACCACUGAAGGGUGAAUUUCAGAAAGUGAAGGUGCAGCUCUCAAACAGACUUGGCUACUGGAACAGUUAUCCUGGCAGAAGACACCAGAACUAUUCAUAUUAAAAUCUGUACUAUAAUAAUAAUAAUAAAAUGCAUAUGCUUUGCAUUCA